AUGGGUUACUCUCGAAGAAAGCUAAAUCUUAUUGCAAGACAAAGGAAUGACUGGCUGCGUGCUGAAUUUCGUCAUCGAAUGGCACAAUUUGACACUCAUCAGUUGCUUUUCAUUGAUGAAUCAUCUAAAGACGAAAGAACUUUUCAGAGAAGAUAUGCAAGAGGCUUAAAAGGUUCAAGAAUAUCUACUAAAGGAAACUUUACUAGAGGGACUCGGUAUAGUGUGCUGAGUGCUAUUAGUGUUGAGGGAGUUAUAGCUUCUCAUACAAUAGUUGGUGCUUAUGACCAGAGGCAGUUUGAAUUUGCCAUGACAUCCUUUGUUUUACCACAUGUGGGAUCAGUAGCCAGAAGGGAAAAAUGUUCUGUGGUGAUAAUGGAUAAUUGUGCAAUCCAUACAUCAAAUGAUGUGAUUACAGCUUUAACAGAUCAACAGUGUAAAGGCUUCUUUGAGGACUGUGGAUACUUCUAA